UUAUCAUAACCAUUUCUUCCCGUACUUUCCUCCUCGAUUUGCUACCCGGACGCAUUCAACCGCGCGCCGCCGCUCGCGGCCAACUGCCAAGUACAGUACCAGUUCUCCAGUUCCAACUCAGUCCCCCACACAUCUCGCACCUGGCGUUGGUGUGUUGCCCCUCGUUCCGCGGUGCGGUGAUAUCUCGAUCGAGCAAUCCAAUCGAAGGGGAAAGGGGGGAAAGAAAAUCUGCGGCGCGUUUCCUCGGAUCGCCGCCAUGUUCUCGCGAUCCUACACCAACCUGCUCGACCUCGCCAACGGUAACCUCUCCGCCCUCGACUACGGCGGCGGGGGCGGGGGUGGUGGGGGUAGGGGCCGGCCGCCGCGCGCGAGGCGGAUGCAGCGGACGAUGACGACGCCCGGGACGCUCGCGGAGCUCGACGAGGAGCGCACGGGCAGCGUCGCCUCCGACGCGCAGUCGUCGCUCGCCAGCGACCGCCUCAUCGUCGUCGCCAACACACUCCCCCUGCGCGGCGAGCGCCGCCCCGACGGCCGCGGGUGGAGCUUCUGCUGGGACGAGGACUCUCUCCUCUUCCACCUCCGCGAUGGUCUCCCCGACGACAUGGAGGUCCUCUACGUCGGCUCACUCCGAGCCGACGUGCCGGCCGCCGAGCAGGACGACGUCGCGCAGGCGCUCCUCGAGCGGUUCCGCUGCGUACCGGCAUUCCUCACCAAGGACCUCUCCGACCGCUUCUACCACGGUUUCUGCAAGCAGACGCUGUGGCCGCUCUUCCACUACAUGCUCCCCUUCUCCCUCGACCACGGCGGACGCUUCGACCGCUCCCAGUGGGAGGCCUACGUCCUCGCCAACAAGCUCUUCUCCCAGCGCGUCAUCGAGGUCCUCAAUCCCGAGGACGACUACGUCUGGAUCCACGACUACCACCUCCUGGCCCUCCCGUCCUUCCUGCGCCGCCGAUUCAACCGCCUCCGCAUCGGCUUCUUCCUGCACAGCCCGUUCCCUUCGUCGGAGCUAUACCGUUCCCUCCCCGUCCGCGAUGAGAUCUUGAAAUCGCUGCUGAACUGCGAUCUGAUUGGGUUCCACACCUUCGAUUACGCCCGGCAUUUCCUGACCUGUUGCAGCCGCAUGCUCGGGAUCGAGUACCAAUCCAAGAGGGGCUACAUUGGGCUCGAUUACUUUGGCCGCACGGUGGGGAUAAAGAUCAUGCCUGUUGGAAUUAACAUGGUGCAGUUGCAAUCGCUGCUCCAGCAGCCUGAUCUCGAGUGGCAUGUCAAAGAGCUCCGGAAGCAAUUCGAUGGGAAGACUGUCUUGCUCGGUGUGGAUGAUAUGGACAUAUUUAAGGGGAUCGAUCUGAAGAUUCUUGCGUUUGAACAGAUGCUGAAGACACACCCGAAAUGGCAGGGCCGAGCAGUGUUGGUGCAGAUUGUGAACCCAAAGGGCAGUAGUAGUGGGAAGGACUUAGAAGAGUUACAGUCUGAGAUUGAAGAGAGUUGCAGGAGGAUGGAUGGCCAGUUUGGGCGGUCUGGAUAUAGUCCUGUCAUCCUUAUCAGUAGGACCCUAUCAAGUGUGGAGAGGAUGGCUUAUUACACUGUUGCGGAGUGUGUCGUUGUCACCGCAAUCAGGGAUGGUAUGAACCUUACACCAUAUGAGUACAUUGUGUGUAGGCAGGGUAUACCAGGUUUGGAUGGUUCUGGGAAUGAUGGACCGAUGAGGAAGAGUAUGCUAGUCGUGUCAGAAUUCAUUGGUUGCUCACCAUCAUUGAGUGGAGCGAUUCGGGUAAACCCUUGGAACAUUGAGACAACAGCAGAGGCAAUGAACGAGUCCAUUGCUUUAUCCGAUAAUGAGAAGCAAUCGCGACAUGAGAAGCACUAUCGGUAUGUCAGCUCACACGAUGUUGCCUAUUGGUCCAAGAGCUAUAUUCAUGACUUUGAGAGAAGCUGUAGGGACCAUUUUUGGAGAAGAUGCUGGGGUAUUGGACUAGGAUUUGGAUUUAGAGUGGUUGCUCUUGACCGCAAUUUCAAAAAGCUUACUGUGGAUUCUAUUGUUGCGGAUUACAAGAAGUCAAAGAGCAGGGUUGUACUUCUGGACUAUGAUGGAACUCUAGUACCACAAACUACCAUCAAUAAGACUCCAAAUGAAACAGUUGUUAACAUCAUGAAUACCCUGUGUGCUGAUAAGAAGAAUGUUAUUUUUAUUGUAAGUGGAAGAGGAAGGGAUAGCCUUGAAAAAUGGUUUUACCCUUGUCCAGAGCUUGGCAUUGCUGCUGAACAUGGCUACUUUAUGAGGUGGACCAGAGACGAAAAAUGGCAAAUACAUAACCGGACCUCAGAUUUUGGAUGGAUGCAUAUGGCUGAGCCAGUAAUGAAAUUGUACACAGAGGCAACUGAUGGAUCAUAUAUUGAAACCAAAGAGAGUGCUUUGGUCUGGCACCACCAGGAUGCUGAGCUUGGUUUUGGAUCUUCACAAGCGAAGGAAAUGUUAGGUCAUUUGGAAAGUGUCCUUGCCAAUGAGCCAGUCUCCGUAAAGAGUGGCCAACAUAUUGUAGAAGUUAAACCUCAGGCUGUCAGCAAAGGAUUUGUUGCUGAGACGAUCCUUUCAACCCUGACGGAGAAGGGAAGACAAGCAGAUUUCGUUCUCUGCAUAGGCGAUGAUAGAUCAGACGAGGAUAUGUUUGAACAGAUUACUGAUAUUAUGAGGAGCAUUGUUGAUCCCCAAACCUCGUUGUAUGCCUGCACAGUCGGCCAGAAACCAAGCAAGGCCAAGUACUAUUUGGACGAUGCUAAUGAUGUUUUGAACAUGCUUGAGGCACUUGCAGAUGCAUCGGAGGAGGCUAGUGCUGCUUCACCGGAAGCAACGGAGGGACCAUCUGCACUAGAGCAGGCAUGAUGAUGUCCUCAGAUGCCCUGGAUCUGUCGAAGUGCUUAGCUGAUGUGACAUUGCCACCAGCAGCAUUCUGACCAAAUUUGAAGCUGAUUUCGUUCAGCAGGAAGUGAAACAUUAGCGAUUCUCGGACAGUCAGAUCAAUGUCAAUAACGUAGUUGCCUCUUUAUUUUCUGCUUAUUUUCUGUUUUGCCUUAUGGCAGCUCCAGAGUAUUUUCCAUGUUAUGUCUAGAUAGGAAAAAGUGCCUGGAGGGAAGAAUCCAUGGCGAUAAUCAUUUGAUCUUUUUCACCUUGGUAUCAGUUAAAGUAUGGAAGAAUGGAGUAUUUCCGCGAGUUUAUAGAAUAUAAGUUGAAAUUAGUAGCAUUUAGCCAUUUUGCCUACUUUUUCGAUAAAGAAAGUUUUUAUUAA